CCCACAGAAUUGUAAGGGGCUUCAAAGCUUCAACAUUAACUGCCACUGCUUCGACGGCUGAUAUCCACGUUGUCUACCUUCAUCGUAGACGUGAAUCUCGCGUACCUCGCACGUUCAACACCUGGAUUACGCUAUUCUACUUGUUCUGCCGUGUUCCGUAGCGCGCGCAGUAAAUGUUGAGCGGUCGACAUAGUGAUAAAUCGCAGACAAAUCAUCCGAAAUAAACAGCGAAAGAGGCGUUACGCCAGAGAUCGAUGAAUAUCGUCGUGACACCUCGCACCGGUGCCUCUCUACCGACCUUGUUCGCUCUCCCCUGAUCGACUCGACUCGUUACGAGCGUCAGAUGGCAGGCGCAUCAUGAAUAAUUAUACUUCCAGCAUCCCGGCCACGUUUAUGACGUAAGAUAUCGCGAGAUUUAGUCCGUCCCAAUCUGCCAAUCGCACCAUCUGCCAUUGGAGCUCGUUCAUGUUAAUAGCCUUUUAAAAAGGCUGAUAAUCUCAAAAUGUCAACCGAUCACUCAAAAAAUACGAUUCAAUUAAUCAUAAUAUCGUAUGGACAAGUCUUAGACAGCGGCAGAGAAUUAAUUAAGUCUUAUUUAAAAUUUGGCCAACGUUUACGAUGAAAAACACUGUCCACAUAAUUUGUUUUCAUCAUUAUGUCCCUUCUCACUCCCUUCUGCGCCAUAUCAAACAAUUUGUACGAUGCAGCUGUAGCACAACAAUCGUUAGCCGUUCGGAAUCGAACCACCACAACAACAACUGUUCAACUACAUCGCUAUUACCUUGACCAUCAGCAAUUAACGUCAUUUCCUUGGAAAGAAUGACAAAUGCAAAUGCAUGACAGUUAUCAGUUUUUCUCUAACAACACUAGUGACAUAUGGUUAUCGCCUUAUUAUCAAGUACCAUCAUCAAUAAUCGUAAGCAUUGACGGCGAGUUGUAUCAACAUCAUAGCUUUCUUUCUAUAAAUUGUUCUGUACGUCAUAUCAAGUCCAAAAGAUUACAGUCAACUCUCGUAUUGAGCCUAACGAUGUCGUUCGUCGUUUUCAGUUUUACGUGCUUGCUAGUGAUCGCUCUCGCCCAGAAGGAUCCGCAUUAUGUAGACGAUAGAACCACUAUGGUUCACUUGUUCGAGUGGAAAUUCAAUGAUAUCGCCAAAGAAUGCGAAGAUUUUCUCGGCCCGAUGGGCUACGGGGGUGUACAAGUAUCUCCCAUAAACGAGAAUCUCGUGAUAAAAAACAGACCCUGGUAGAGGUACCAACCGUUCUCCUACAAGAUUAUCACUCGAUCCGGAAACGAAUCCGAAUUUAAGGAUAUGGUAAGCAGGUGUAACAAGGUGGGUGUACGAAUAUACGUCGAUGUAGUUGUUAAUCAUAUGACGGCGGAUGUGCAACCCGCAUACGGUACCGGCGGUGCAUCAGCGAAACCGAGGGAUUUCAGUUACCCGGCGAUUCCAUAUAGCUCUCAGGAUUUCCAUGUGCCACCGUGCGCAAUUCAGAAUUACAAUAACGCCACUGAGGUCCGAAACUGCGAACUGUCCGGUCUUCACGAUCUCGAUCAGAGCAAGGAGCACGUCCGAAACAAGAUAGUCGAAUUUCUCAACAACGUCAUCGAUCUUGGAGUCGCUGGUUUUCGCAUUGAUGCUGCCAAACAUAUGUGGCCGCGUGAUCUUAUGGUGAUUUAUAACAGAACGAAAAAUUUAUCUACUGAAGCUGGAUAUCCAUCAAACAUAUGACCGUACAUCUAUCAAGAAGUGAUCGACAUUGGUGGCGAAGCUGUCAACAAGUACGAGUACAAUGGCAUUGCAAAUGUCAUCGAGUUUCAGUACGGUAUUGUUUUGGGCAGUAUGUUCCGUGGCCAAGAUCAAUUGACAAGAUUGCAAAAUUUCAACGACUCGAAUGUCUGGCGAUUGCUACCAUCCGAUGACGCAUUGACCAUGAUUGACAACCACGAUAAUCAGAGAGGCCAUGGUGCCGGUGGAUCCACUAUCUUGACGUACAAGGACCCGAAACCGUACAAGAUAGCGGUUGCCUUUAUGCUUGCCUUCCCUUACGGUCAUCCCCGGGUCAUGAGCUCUUACGCAUUUAGUGACCCCAGUCAAGGACCGUCAGCGAGUUCGGACGGCAGCAUCAUCUCGCCCGAGAUCUCCAACUGUCAGUGCACCAACGGCUGGAUCUGCGAACACAGAUGACCGCAGAUCUACCACAUGGUCCAAUUCCGCAAUCUCGUAAACGAUGAGAAAUUGGAGAACUGGUGGAGCAACGGAGCUAAUCAGAUCGCCUUCUCUCGCGGCGCCAAGGGUUUCGUGGCCUUUACCGUCGAGGGUGACCUCCGCAAACGGUUAACAACUGGAUUACCUGCUGGCAAAUAUUACGACAUUAUUACCGGAGGCGUCGUGAACGGCAAGUGCAGCGGGAAAUCGGUAGUGGUCGACAAUGAUGGGAGCGCUAACAUUGAAAUUUUGUCAAGCGAGUCGGAAGGCGUACUUGCUCUUCAUAUUCAGGCAAGACUAUGAAAAGCCCGUCGUGAGUGGUGUGCUUUUAAAAACAAUAUUUUAUGAUCCAUGCAUGGUCAGUAUCGAGUUACGCAGAUUAUAAAUAAAGUAUAAACGUAGUAUGUACAAUUGCAGUAGAAUCUAGAUGCACAAGCAUUAUUAUAUUGUACAUGCAAAUAUAUGCAAAGAUACGCAGCAAAA